AUGGAGAGUCUGACUGCAGGAGUGCCUAUGCUCUGCUGGCCGUUUUUUGCUGACCAGCAAACCAAUUCUUAUUAUACCUGCAAUGAAUGGAGCAGUGGCAUGCAGAUUGAUAACGAUGUCGAGAGAGAUGGAGUGGAGAUGCUUGUUAGAGAGUUGAUGGAGGGAGAGAAGGGUAAGAAAAUGAAAAAGAAGGCUAAGGAGUGGAAGAAACUAGCAGAAACUGCAACUGAUCCACAUGGCUCCUCAUCCAUAAACUUAGAUAAUUUAGUCGAUCGAGUGCUGUUAAGAAAAGACUAG